GUAGAAAAGAAGACCCAAAAACAAAAUCCUGUAAAAGAAGCAGAUUACACUUCCAAAGAGAUCAAAUCGGAAAGAAAGAAAAAUAGUAAAAUGAGAGCCAGCAAUCACUUGAUAGGGUUACUAAACUUCUUAACGUUUUUGUUAUCAAUAGUAAUCUUGGGUGGCGGAAUAUGGCUGAGCAGCAGAGCCAACAACACCGACUGUCUGAAGUUCUUGCAGUGGCCGUUGGUAGUUAUCGGAGCGUCGAUCAUGGCGGUUUCCUUGGCGGGUUUCGCCGGAGCUUGUUAUAGGAACACCUUCUUGUUGCGGCUUUACCUCUUCGUCAUGUUGUUCAUCAUCGCGGCGCUCUUCGGGUUCGUAAUCUUUGCGUACGCCGUGACUGAAAAAGGGUCGGGUCGGCCGGUGGUGAACAAAGGCUACUUGGAGUAUUACUUGGGGGAUUACUCGGGGUGGCUUAAAGACCGAGUGGUGGAUGAACAGUACUGGGCUAAGAUUAGUUCUUGUAUUAGGGACUCUAAAGUUUGUGGCAAGAUGGGAAGGAGUUUUAAUGGCGUUUCUGAAACUUUUGACAUGUUUUCCAUGAGGAAGCUCAGCCCUAUCCAGUCUGGUUGCUGCAAGCCCCCUUCAGACUGCAGCUUUGUCUAUGUCAACGAGACGCUAUGGGACACCAGCGGAAUGAUGAUCGGAACCGACACCGACUGCUCCCGAUGGAGCAACGACCAACAGCAGCUGUGCUAUCAAUGCGAUUCCUGCAAGGCAGGCGUGCUGGGAAACCUGAAGAAGAGCUGGAGGAAGGUGUCGGUGAUCAACAUAGUCGUGCUCAUCCUUUUAGUCAUCUUCUACGUCGUCGCCUGCGCCGCUUUCAGAAACAAUAAGAGGAUGGACAAUGACGAACCUUAUGGCGAGGCAAGGAUGACAAAAGCACAACCAAGCAGGAUUCAGCUAUAGAAAGCAUCUUAGGAA